GGAGCGGGAGCCCCGGCCGGCGCAGCCGCAGCCGCACACACGUUCGGCCGCCGUUGCCGCGGCCCGGCCCCGCACGGGUCCUCUCGGCUGGAGCUGCGGGCGGCGGCGGCGGCGAGGGCGACAGCUGAGGCGGCCCUGGGAGGGGCGGCGCGGGGGUUGGGGCGGAUCCCGCGGGGCUCGGGCGGGGGAAGCAGGCGCCGGCCCGACCAUGGCGGACAACGAGAAACUGGACAACCAACGGCUCAAGAAUUUCAAGAACAAAGGCCGCGACCUGGAGACUAUGAGACGGCAGCGAAAUGAAGUUGUUGUCGAGUUAAGGAAGAACAAAAGAGAUGAACAUCUCUUAAAAAGAAGAAAUGUACCACAUGAAGAUAUUUGUGAAGAUUCUGAUAUAGAUGGUGAUUACAGAGUGCAAAAUACCUCCUUAGAAGCAAUUGUGCAAAAUGCUUCAAGUGAUAACCAAGGAAUCCAGCUAAGUGCUGUUCAGGCUGCUAGAAAGCUUUUGUCCAGUGAUCGCAAUCCACCAAUUGAUGACUUAAUAAAAUCUGGAAUAUUACCUAUUUUAGUCCAUUGUCUUGAAAGGGACGACAAUCCUUCUUUACAGUUUGAAGCUGCAUGGGCUUUGACAAACAUUGCUUCUGGAACCUCUGAACAAACACAGGCUGUAGUUCAGUCCAAUGCUGUGCCACUUUUUCUGAGGCUUCUCCAUUCACCUCAUCAAAAUGUGUGUGAGCAAGCGGUCUGGGCACUGGGAAACAUCAUAGGUGACGGACCCCAGUGUAGAGACUAUGUCAUCAGUCUUGGGGUUGUGAAGCCUUUACUCUCCUUCAUCAGUCCGUCCAUCCCCAUAACCUUCUUGAGGAAUGUUACUUGGGUUAUGGUCAACUUAUGUCGCCACAAAGACCCACCCCCGCCUAUGGAAACCAUUCAGGAGAUUCUUCCAGCCCUCUGCGUUUUAAUUCAUCACACAGAUGUAAAUAUACUGGUAGACACUGUCUGGGCCCUCUCUUACCUGACUGAUGCUGGCAAUGAGCAGAUUCAGAUGGUCAUUGACUCAGGCAUCGUCCCUCAUUUAGUUCCUCUGCUCAGUCACCAGGAGGUGAAGGUGCAGACGGCCGCACUCCGAGCUGUCGGCAACAUCGUCACUGGUACUGACGAGCAGACGCAGGUUGUGCUGAACUGCGAUGCUCUUUCACACUUCCCUGCACUUCUGACACAUCCCAAAGAAAAAAUCAAUAAGGAGGCGGUAUGGUUCCUCUCGAACAUCACUGCGGGAAAUCAGCAACAGGUUCAGGCAGUGAUUGAUGCCAGCCUUGUGCCCAUGAUCAUACACCUCUUAGAUAAGGGUGAUUUUGGAACUCAGAAAGAAGCUGCUUGGGCCAUAAGUAAUUUAACAAUCAGUGGAAGAAAAGACCAGGUGGCUUACCUUAUCCAGCAGAAUGUUAUCCCACCCUUCUGCAACUUGCUGACUGUGAAAGAUGCUCAGGUUGUGCAGGUGGUACUUGAUGGGCUAAGUAAUAUAUUAAAAAUGGCUGAAGACGAGGCCGAAACCAUAGCCAACCUAAUAGAAGAAUGUGGAGGCCUUGAAAAGAUUGAACAGCUUCAAAAUCACGAAAAUGAAGACAUCUACAAGCUGGCCUAUGAGAUCAUUGAUCAGUUCUUCUCAUCAGAUGAUAUUGAUGAAGACCCUAGCCUUGUUCCAGAGGCAAUACAAGGGGGAACAUUUGGUUUCAAUUCCUCUGCCAAUGUACCGACGGAAGGGUUCCAGUUUUAGAAAGAUGUUGUGGAAGUGUUGGGUACAAUGCAGCACUGAUAUAUAUACAUAUAUAUAUAUAAAAAAAAAGGUUUGAUCCAUCAAGCUUGGCUCAUGGGAUCUGCUGCUGCAUUAAAUCGGGGAAAGAGAACGUGAAGAUUUCAUUUGGAAUCACAGAAAGCCCAAAUGAAGUCAAGAUGGCGAGUGGGUGCGAGUGAGAGUGAGUGGCAAAAUGUAAUGAAAAACUUCACACGAAUGCUUAUUUAGGUCGUUCAAAGGAAAAGGGCUCAGGUCACUGAUGUGCCGGGCCUGAGAAGGAACAUGGACUAGAGCUAGAGCAACAGGGGGGCGCGGAACCACCAUCUUCCAGCCUUGUAAGCAUUAAUGAGAACAGGGUGCCCGUCCGAGCCCGAGGAGAGAGAGCCCGGUCUUGCUGUGACUUCAGCCCUGUGUGAAUGGAAGACAUUGAGCAGGCUCUGGCCUCCGUGGUGGGGAGCCCGGCUCAUCUUUCAGACCCAGGGCUCCUCCCUCGGGGAGCAGACCCCAGUUGUGGAGGGGCGCGUGUGCGAGAGUGUGGUUGUGGUGCUGUAUGGGGAUGCGUGCGAGCUUGAUUCGCCUUCAGGGGCUGGGGACAAACCUGGGAAUCAUCAGGGGGAGACCCUAAGUGUUGGCGUACACUGGACAUGGAAAUAAAAGACCGGUUUAGCAGCAGACUUUGGUUUACUUCUGCAGCCUGGGUUUCCUUUCCCUUUCUCUUGGACCUUUUUUUUUCCUUUCCUUUUUUGUUUCUCCUUUUUCUUUUUCUUUUCAUUCUUCCCCACCCCCCUAAUUACUUUAUCUAGUAUGGCUUUAUUAGUUGCUUGUCAAGUCAGAUAACUUUUCAGGAAGGAGUCCCUGUGCAUUUGCACCAGAUGAAUGUUUGAUGUUAUGAAAAGCUUUCCAUAUCAUCAAAAACUAAUUUGUGUAGACUUUUGCAUGAAAAAUCAGAAUUUCCCUCCAAAUAGACUGUGUUGCAGUACACAAGUUGCCAUAAUAGUAAGAAACAGUAAAAUGUGCUUUCUAAAGCCGUCCUUUUCAUUUUCAAAGAUAACAUGAAGCUCUUUGCAUGUGGUAAUAAUCUACAGCCUAGUUCAGUUUUAGAUUUUGUUGAGUCCUGUAAAGAAGAAAAAGAAAAAAGUUUUCAGUUGUGGUAGAAUCCCGUGCUGUGUUUAAAUGUUACUUGCUUUCAAACUUUGUUUUCUAUGAAAAUGAUAUGGAAACUUCUAAAAUGGAAUUUGGUGCAUAUGUACUGCCGAAUAAAGACCGAUGACGAGGUGUGAAUAGAUGUACAAAUCAAGUAAUGGUUUGAACACCUUUAAUAAUAUGCCUAAUCUGUUCAAUUGUUUUAGAAUCUUUUUAUCUUAGAUGUAGGCAGCCAUGAACAAUCUAUUUUGAGCCACUUUAGGGAGAAAACUUUGUAUUUCUAAAACUUGCAUAAAAGACAUGCAAGUGGUUUUUAUAAAUUGGAAUAAUACCUCAGUUUUGAGGUUCUGCACACUAAAUUAAAUGUGACACAAAUAAAUUUGUACAAAAAGGAGAACUCUUUAUAAGGUGGCUCAUUGUAGGAAACCCUGUGCCUUCCCCUUCGAGCACACGUGUUGCAUGAACAGCGGUUUGCUAUAAGAAACAUACCAGAUUAGCCACCAUUAGCAUCGUUAUCUACUUUGUGUUUAAAAAUCAACUGGUAAUUCUGAAACACUGUAGAAUGGAUAAAGAUUAUUUUGUGAUCAUAACUCUUUGUUGGACUAGAGUAUUUUUGCAGCAUUCCUUGUCAUCAGAACAUGGUUAAAGUUUAAAACUAGAAGCAGCAGAAAACUAGCUUGUAAAAUUUAUCCAAGUAGAGUGCAGGCUAGGCUGUCUUGGGGAAAUAAACAUUAAAACUUAAAGCAAUGUUUUACACGGGGUGUGGUGUGUGUGUGUGUGUGUGCGCGGGGGGAAGGGCUUUCUAUGAUCAAACUGGACAUGACAACAUAACAAUUCAAUUUAUUAAAGUUCUCUCACCUUCUUACCUCUUAGGCUUUUGACCUGCUUCAAAACCAAAAGAAUGUAGGUGACUUGACUUAUUAUCAACUUAGUUCUACAAUUUCAUUUCCUCAUGAUGUGUGACAAUAUUUAUUAGCUUUUGAAUUUGCACAUGAAAACCUAUGUACCUUCUCCCCCUCAAAUAACUUUCCCCUAACGAUGAUCUUCUGAAUGGCUUCAACUCUGUUUAGAACCACACCCUGGACGGCACUGGUAAUAUGUCAGUAUCACCUGAACGAUGGGUUUUGUACAAAAAUAUUAUUUUCACAUGAGAUUUGGUAAUAGAUGUUUACGUAAGAAUAGGCAAAUGCCUUAAUUUCAUUAAGCCAUAAGCCCUUUUCUACUUUUUUCUUUCUUUGGUAAAUAAGAUGUUAUAAACUAAUGAGCUUAUCACUUAAAUUUUGUCAUUUGAAGCACAUGGCAUCUCAUUAAAGAUAAGGGCUAUUUCAUACUUCAAACAUAUUUCUGCUUAGACCUAUGGCUUUGACCCUCCCCCCCCCCCCCUCCCCUCAAUAGAUCAGUGUCUACAUUCUCAUUCUGAGUAUUUUCUGUCGACAUGUAUUAAUAGUUAACUGGUCGUGUAUUUAAGCACAGCUAUAUUCCUGUUAGCCAGUAGUCCAGGAAGUUGGCUCACUCAAAAUAGGGCUUCAUUAUUUCUCAGUGAAGUUUUGAAAAAUGGAUAAGCAAAGACGAACAUACUUCACCACAUCCCCAGUUAAAAUGCUCAGUUGAGUCAUGUGCAUAACCUUAGAUUGGGAUUUGCCUUGUGGGGGUGGGGGGAAAAAAGGGAGGGGAUGGAGAGGUGAAAAAUAAAUGGCUAUUUCUAAUUAAAUUUUAAGAGAUCGCCACCGACUUGUCCUUGGCUAUCAUGUUAGAAUAUUACAUUACACCAGUGCAGAAGGAAACUGGGGAUUAAAGGUCUUUUCGAUUUGUUGAAAGUAGAUUUAAGUCAAGGGAAACUUAACUACCACGUGGGUUUUCCUUAAGCUACAGAACAGUUGUGAUUCCAACAUGAAUUUGCAUGAAAAAAGUGACUUGGGUAGACCAGUGUUUUUUGACUCCUUAGCCUGCUCUUUGGGCGUCUUCCCUAUUUAGGGGGAAUGGAAGAGGGGUCGUCCUUUUAGGGAAGGUGAGAGGGGCAAGAAACAGAAGAGAGACGAUGCAUUUUAAGUGUCUAGCUCAGUUUAUGAAUGAAAACACUAGACCUAUAGGUGUAGUGCUACCUAAAGUCAUGCUAAUGGCAGAAUGGGAUCAUGCUAUCCCAGAUGGAUUAAUAAGAAUCUCCUCUAAUACAUCUUGUCCCUUAAAAUAUGAAAGUCUUUGGGCUAACCUCAGCUGAGCAGAAAUGGAUUUUAUUUUUGAUAAAUUAAGUGAUGCUCCUCAUUUUUCAGUUUUGGAGGGGCACCAAAAACAACUGAUUCCUCAGACCACAAUUCCCUUUUCUUUAGUGUUGUGACUUAGAAUCUCCCUUUUGAUGAUGGAAAAAAAUCUUACAUGCUGGGAGGGCCAAGACUCCAACUAGCAUCUCAUACAGAUAAAAACUACUCAUUCUGAAUAGUCAUGGUUUGGACCCCUUGAUGCUUCCCUUACUCAGCUGCAGAGUGCAGCUGUGGGCUGUCUUGUAUGAAGGAGGUAGAGAAUUUGGCCACGGCCACAACAAUGAGUAUAUUUGAGGCUUGGAGCAGCCAAACUUAAUUUUUUUUUUAAACAUUUUCUUUUAAUCUGCUCUCAACUAAUUUCUACCCACAUCAAUCAGGAAAAUUCCUGGAAAGCCCGAUUGGUUUCUACCCUUAGCAAGCCGUGGUUAUCAUGUGUGAUCCUCAGCUACUAGUCAUUCCUAGACACUGGACUAACCUGAGAGCUAUAGAAGCAAUGAUCUGAGAAUUUCACUGAAAAACUUAAAAUGUGAGGGAUCUAUUUUUCUCUAAGAACAAUAAAGUUCUUGAAAUGUGA